UGAGCAAAUCUUCCAACACAACAGUGAAAAUAUGUCAAUAUACUAUUUUGGACAAUUAUUCCUUCAACUGAGAGUGUAGUUUUUAUGUAUUAUGUAAUCACCAGUUGUGACCUUUGUUGACUUUCAAAGGGUCUCUGUGUAUCUCUGUCACAUGUUUUGAUCAUCCAGACCCAGCCACAUGUUCCAUAUUUCAGUCUGACACACAUUUGUUGGAAGCAUCACAAUCUGAGAACUUGGUGAGGAUAUAUAAUAUCUGCGUAGUUGUUCUUGUUUUGUCCCUCACGGUCAGCUGGUCUUUUCCUGGCUAUGAACAAUGCCACUCAGGCUGUGUUGACAGACUGCCGCCUUGUCAGGCCGCCGGCUCUGAUCUCACGGUCUUUUUGUGGCUCCAUCUCUCAGGGCAGUGCUUCCCAAAAAAAGCUGCCACAUCAUGGCCCCUGCACUUUGGUACAUUCCCCCCCUCUGAUCCCUCUCUUAAGGCCUAAACAGCAGCUGUGAAGAUUAGAGAGUAGAAGAGAUACUGACAUACUCACUUACUGCAGCGCAGCCAGCCAGGAAAGGUCUGGUACAGAGCAGAGAGAGACUCUUACCAGAAGUGAGUGGUUCUUCAUUCAAGUAGUGGAGACCGGACACCAAGAAACUUUCAGUUGGACCCCAAAUGACCUCUUUGUUGGUGAGAUCUCUAGAAACCUCAAAGUGGAUUUGUUGGUUUCCUACUGGGAUCCAAACUUAGUCAAAGUCAAGUCAUAAAGUCGUCCAGAGGUUCUACUUUUAAGUGGACUAAUCGCGCCUUGGCCAUGAGUUGUUUCGGGUACCGUAGAGAGUUGAGUAAGUAUGAAGACAUUGACGAGGAUGAGCUUUUGGCUUCCCUCAGUCCAGAGGAACUGGCUGAGUUGGAGAAGGAGUUGGUUGAUAUUGACCCGGACGCCAAUGUGCCCAUUGGACUCAGACAGAUGGACCAGACUGACAAGACGCCGACGGGAACCUUCAGCAGGGAGGCCCUCAUGAAGUACUGGGAAAACGAGACCCGCAAGCUACUUGAAGAUGAGAUGAGUGGGCAAAGCCACAAACCAAAUGAUGAUCAAGACUAUGAGGGUGCUACAGAGAGAAUUAGUGAAGCCGAGGAUGAAAAGAGGAGGAGCGUGAACCAGAAAUGGAGGAAGCUGAUGAAGAAGAGGAAGAUGAUGUCGACACUCAAACCCUAUUAA